AUGGCCACCGUCGCUGUGGUCGGCAGCGCGCCCCACGGCGUCUCCAACGAGACACGCGCACGCGCAGACGCGCUCAAAGCACAAGGCAACGACGCGCUGGCGCAUUUCAAGGUGGCUGCAGCCAUCGAGCUGUACUCGCGAGCCAUCGAGCUGGUCCCGACGGCGAUCUUUUACGCCAAUCGCGCGGCAGCACACGUCAAGAGCGAGAGCUACGGGUUGGCGAUUGACGACGCGUCGGCAGCGAUUGCACUGGAUGAAGGAUACGUAAAAGCUUAUUAUCGACGUGGAUCGGCCGAGCUGGCGCUAGGACAUCACAAGAAGGCGGUGCGGGACUUUCGUCGCGUUGUGCGGAUGAAGCCGCAGGACCGAGACGCGCGGGCGAAGCUCAAGCUGUGCGAGAAGAUCAUUAAAGAGGCGGCGUUCGCGGCAGCCAUUCAGUCGGAGCGUAAUUUGCCGCUCUCGGAGACAAUUGACGUGAAUUCAAUGGUGGUGGACCCGUCGUACGACGGCCCGCAGCUCCCGGAGGACGUGGCACAGCUCAAGCCGGACUUCAUUGUAGCCCUGAUUGACCGGUUCAAGCGCGGGAAGUUGCUGCACCGCAAGUUUGUGAUCCAGAUCUUGCUUAAAAUCAAGGAGAUGCUGUGUGCUCUUCCCUCGCUGCUGCGCAUCUCGCUUCCGCGUGACAAUCCGGAUGCACACUUUACCGUGUGCGGCGACACUCAUGGCCAGUUUUACGACGUGUGCAACAUCUUCUCGCUCAAUGGACUGCCGAGCGAGACGAACCCUUAUUUAUUCAAUGGCGACUUUGUUGAUCGAGGCUCGUUCUCGCUGGAGGUGGUAAUGACGCUAUUUGCCAUGAAAAUCGUGUAUCCACAGCACGUGCACUUGCUGCGCGGGAACCAUGAGUCAAAGAAUAUGAACAAGAUCUAUGGGUUCGAGGGCGAAGUGAAGCACAAGUACGAUGAGACAGUCAUGCAGCUCUUCACGGAGGUGUUCAACUGGCUACCCCUUGCGGCAGUGAUUGAAGACAAGGUGCUUGUUGUGCAUGGCGGUCUGUUCUCGGAUCAGAAUGUUACGCUAGCUGAUAUCGAAAAGAUCGACCGUAACCACGAGCCGCCUGAAAGUGGACUCAUGAGUGACUUGAUGUGGAGCGAUCCUCAGCCAUUCCCGGGUCGCGGUCCCAGCAAACGCGGCAUCGGUCUUUCCUUUGGGCCUGAUGUGACAAGCGCCUUCUUGCAGCACAACAAACUUGAUUUGUUGGUGCGCUCGCAUGAGGUCAAGGAUGAGGGAUACUUAGUAGAGCACGACGGAAAGUGCAUCACAGUUUUUAGUGCACCAAACUACUGCGACCAGAUGGGCAACAAGGGCGCGUUCAUUCGCUUUGGAACUGACAUGCAGCCCCAGUUCACGCAAUUUGUGGCGGUGGAACACCCACCAAUUCGGCCGAUGGCAUAUGCCGGUAACAUGGGCGGUAUGUUCGGCUAG